UUGCUAUGGGUAGUAGGACCUCCUAGAAGCUCUUGAAAUGAGAGCGGAGAGCUCUGUGUUCCUCUGUACCCAGCGCCGCAGAGGCACGGACGUGGACAGAGAGAGAGACACUCUGGACAGAUCAUGGCUCUGCGAGAGGAGCUGCGGAGCCGGCAGUUCUGGCGCGCGGUGCUGGCGGAGGUCCUGGGGUCCCUGAUCUUCGUGUCGGCUGUGCUGGGCUCCUCGGUGCCGGGCCCCGGCGAAGUGGGGCCCAUCCAGCCGGCCCUCGCGGCCGGAUUUGUGGCCAUGGGGCUGGGCCAGUGUUUCGGGGACAUCAGCGGGGCUCAGGUGAACCCUGCCGUCACGCUGGCCUUCCUGGCCACCCGCAAGCUCGACCUGCUGAGAGCGGCCGGCUACGUCCUGGGCCAGUGUGUGGGGGCCACGCUGGGGGCUGGCGUCCUCUUCCUGGCCCUUCCUGUGAAGUCUGCAGCGGAGUGCUACGUCAGCAAGGUCAGGGAGAAAGAGGUGUCCACUGAGGCCAAUGCAGGCCAGGCACUGGCCAUGGAGGUCCUGGCCACCUUCCAGCUGGUCUUCACCAUCUUCUCAGCCGAGGAGAGGCGGCAGCGGGACGGGGGCGACCCGGGCAGCUGGGCCGUGGGGUUCUCGCUGAGCGCCGGCGUGCUGACCGCGGCCCGUUUCUCUGGUGGCAGUAUGAACCCUGCUCGUUCCCUGGGGCCAGCCAUCAUCACCGGGAUCUGGGAGCAUCACUGGGUGUACUGGAUUGGGCCGAUGAUGGGUUCGGUUCUGGCGGGGGUGUCCCAUGAGUUCUUCUUUGCAGCCAGCGCCUCUCGACAGAAGCUGAUCGCUUGCCUGACGUGCAAGGACAUCGAGAUCGUGGAAACAGCCAGCCUGUCGCGCUCUUCGCUGUCCACCGUCACCCAGACCGCCAUGAGGGCCAAACAGGCCAACAAGCAUGACCACAACUGACCGCUGGGACUGCCCGUCCGUGUGCUGCCCUGCUACACUCAGCACGUGGGACUCAGAAUGACAGCGGGAGGCCUGACCCAGACUGCCCACGAGCUCUCAGUGAAGGCAAGCGCUUAGAACAUAGCUUCUCAAUCAGUCCACUGCAGGGUUUUAGCAAAGCCAGCUCUUCAGUUGUUGUAUUGGUUGAUAAUGAAUGAAAUGUUGUCGUGUGGGGAUGGCUGAACCAAAGACCUGCACUGGAUCGAGUGGAAGGUUUGUUAUUUGGUUACUUCUUCCUUGCCCAAAGACCCGGGGUCUCAGUUCCUGGGGAGACCUGUCUCACUGGGGUUUUGUUCCAACCGCAUUCUCAAGUUCUUUUUUUGCUCUAACCGUUUAAUUAGCUGCAUGAUUGUGAUACUUCUAUCCAGUCUCUGAAUUUUAGUGCAGUGACUUUCAUGUGUAAUCAACAGUAAAAAACUGAAAAAAAUCCUAAUUAAAAAAAAUUCUAAUCAAAAAAAUACCAUCUUCAUUGUUUAAUUGACUAUUCAGGUUGUAUCAAAACCCAGAAGACUCAUUGACUUCCAGGAAUGGAGUCUGAGAAUCCUGGCUGCAAACACAUGCGGACUGUCUAGAUGACCACAGGCUGACACAUGACCACUCGCAGCCCAGCGUGGGUCUGAUUUUCUGCAGUGAUGUCAGUGAGAGCCCAGUGACUCACCUGUCAGGCGCUGUGGAGCUCAAAGAUGGCCGACACCCUUCUUCAUUCAAGGGCCGUUGCUGUUAGCGCACACAUGAAGAAUGGAGUGUGUGGGUAUAAAAUGAAAGAGAUCUAGAACUGUUGAGAGCAUUUUUGUUUUCACAGCUGCAUAUUUCUUUUCAGCAGAUGUUCAUGGUUGUGUAAUGGCAAAUAUUCCUUCCAACAGAAUGGAGGUUUGCCAUGUAAAACAACCCACAAGUGCAAUAUUUCUAAGUAUUAUACAUGAUGUGAUCUGGUUAUAUUAAAUAAUAUUAUAAUUAUAUUAUAUAUUAUUAUACAGAAGCAUCUUAUUAGAUUGAAUAGUAAAUUGGUACGGAAGAUUUUUCAUUAAUCUAGCAAAGACUGAUGAAUGAAUGAUCAAUUCAUUCACAUUCUUUACUGACCAGUCCUGUCCUGUUCUUUACUGACCUCUCCAGUUAUACCCUGACAAUCAACCAGUCCUGUUCUUUACUGGCCAGCACAGUCCUGUUCCUUACUGACCGGUCCGGUCCAGUCUCAUAUUGAUACGAACACUGGUCAGAUUGCUAUUUUGGUGCCAUUCAACCCCUCCAGCCCAUUAACUAGUUAUCAAUCAAUAGUUAGUAGACCAGUUAUCAGUUAUUAGAUGAGAGGAUCACAUCCUCUUCUUUAAAGAAGCCAGGGUAUCAGCUUCAAUUCCACUACUUGUUCCACAUUCUGGAAACUACAGGGAAAUCGUUUACACCUGUGACAUUUGUUUUUUAAUCCAGAGUAAAACUACAAGCGAGAAAUGAGAGAACUGACUGCACUCUUCCCCAUUUGCAAAUAAUUCAGGAUGGGCUCUGGGUAGCUUUGUUCUUAGUCUUAGUUUUUCUACUUUGUACACAUUAAUGUACACUCAGCUAAUAUAUUGGCAAGAAUGUCAUGCCUGAAUCCAUCGAGGACCUUGUUGAUGUAUUUGGUCUGAUGAACUUACAGUAAAAUAAAAAUAAAGUAAUACCUUA